AAAAGUUUUGCAACAACCAUGGUUUCUGCAUCAGAGAUCGUCGCCAAGUUGAAUCUGACGCCCCACCCAGAAGGUGGGUUUUACUACGAAACUUUCAGAGACACCUCCGUCGUCCUCUCCAAGUCUCAGCUCCCCCCGGAGUACAAGGUGGAACGCCCUGUGAGUACAUGCAUUUACUUCCUGCUACCGUCUGGGAGUGUGUCGCACCUCCACCGUAUACCAUGUGCAGAAACCUGGCAUUUCUAUGUGGGAGAACCAAUUACGAUAUUGGAGCUGAAUGAGAAAGACGGGCAUGUGAAGCUAACCCCCCUUGGACCCAAUCUGAUGGAGAAUGAGCAACCGCAGUACACAGUGCCUCCAAACGUUUGGUUUGGUUCGUAUCCUUCGAAGGACGUCACCAUUUCCCCUGAUGGGGCGGUGGUCAAAGCACCUUCAAGGAAUGCUGAAUAUCACUUCUCUCUUGUGGGAUGCACCUGCGCACCUGCCUUUCAGUUUCAGGAUUUUGAGCUCGCAAAACGCUCUGACCUUCUUUCACGCUUCCCGGACAAAGAGCUCCUCAUCUCUUUGCUCACAUAUCCUGACUGAACACCACCCUGCUUUGUUUUUUACCCCUCUCCUGGGUUUUUGUUCUAUACUCAGCAAAAUAAUGCUAGACCAGCUGAUCCAAUCCCUUCCGAGAGAACUUUUUGGAUUGGUCUUGUAUUAAAUCUUCAAUAAAUCUACAAUGCUUACAUUUUA